CAAAGGCCUCACGAAGGAGGAAAGCAAGCCCUGCUGCGUCCGCACCUUCUCGUGCAAUAGCUUCUGCGAAGUUGAGCUCGCUCGCAGCAUCGUCCUCGGCUCCGGCGUCGGCGUCUGCCACGGAGCCGGCCGCGGGCGUGGCGUCUGCGGCAGCUCGCGCAGCUGAGCUCUCAGCAGCCGGAGUUGACGUCGCGUCGCACCUCUUCUCGCCAACUUUUUGCUCAACAAAGCAGGAUGACGGCGGGAUGGUGGUGACGUGGUCGGACGACGACGACGAGUUUGACAACUACCACCCCACGGGUGGCUUGCAUGCGAGCUCGCACGGCUCAACGCGGGCUUUGUCCGGCUUGCCCUCGCCUGCUACCGUUCUCCGUGCCCAGUGGGCUGCGGCGUUGGGAGGCAAACAAUCCCACCUUAAUCCGCCGUCUUUUGCAGCCGCUGCUGCGCCCGGCGAUGCCCUCGGCCUCGGCAUGGACACCGGCAUGGGCAUGAGCAUAGGCAUGGGAAUGGGCAUGCGGGGAUACUCGUCCGAUGACGACGAGUUUCUCGAGGCGCUUGAGGCGCUUGACCCGACGGUGCCGCCGCCGGGCGUGCCCGACGAAGAGUUUGACGACGUCCUCGCCCUCCUCUACUCGGAGCUCGAGGCCGAGCUCGGCCACCCAGUUGCCGGCGCGGUGUCAGGCGACACCGGUGAGGUCUUCGACCUGCUCGACGAAGUCGAACACGUCGAGCGCGAGGCCGCGCUGGCCGCGCUCUCGACUGAGCGCUCUGUCAUCUGCCCGGUCUGCUGCGCCGCCUCGCUUGGCCUUGCCCGCGGCGUCCUCUUUUGCCAGUGUGGCCUGCGGGUCAAUCUUGCCCGGCUGCCUGGCAUCGUGCUGACACUCGAUCAGAUCCACGACAUGAUCAGUGCUGUUGCUACCGAGCACGCUGCACAGUGUGCCGCACCGCCGGCCUUUGACCUCUCUCGCGGACCCGAUGGCGCCCAGUCGGUCAUCCUCUCAUGUCCGCGCUGCAGCCACUAUGCUGUUGUGAUUUGAGUCGCCCGCCCCAAUCCAUGGAGCAG